UAUUAAUCCUUUUAUCAUUUGCAUAAAUAGACUUGUUGAUGCGUCUUUCGUUAGUUGGUGAAUAGUGAAGUUUCUAAGUAUGUGGCGAAUAAAUUUGGUAUUUGUAGCUGCUUUUGCUGCAUGCAUUUUUUCAGCAUGCGAAAGCGCAUCAGUAGCAGACACAGCAGUGGGUUCCAGAACUCCACGCAUAACCAGUGUCAGAUACUACCAAACGUCGUGGGCACAUCUGGUGGCUGGCACAGACAUGGUAGAAGUAGACAAAUCUGAUCUGACCAGUGUUGGUCUAGAUACCAACACAAACGUAGCCAUUGUCGUGCACGGGCGAGAGAGCAGCGUCUACAGUGACUUCGUAAACGAACUCCGAUUAACACUCGCUAUGGCGGAAGAAAACUUGGUUAUCAUCCUGGUAGAUUGGUUCUAUCUAUCCUUUUCGCCGUACGAGCAAGCUGCGAUGACCGUGCCCUACAUCGCUGCGGAUCUUAGAGACUUCAUAGUGCUACUGACCACUGCUAACUUGAACCCUGACCGGCUUCACCUUAUCGGCUUUGACCUGGGAGCUCACGUCGUAGGCAUUGCGAGUAGAAAUGCUGCUGCUCGUGCCAAAAAAAUCACAGCAUUGGACCCUGCUGGUGUCCUUUGGGGUGCUACUUCCCAGCGCCUCAGAGCGACUGAUGCAGACUACGUCGAAGUAAUCCACACAGAUAUAACCGGAACUAGAGCGUUUGGUACCGCUGAUGCCCUAGGUACCUUAGACAUCUACCCUAACGGAGGGACCAGGCAGCCUGGCUGUUCAAACAGCGACAACGCAUGCCACCACAACAGGGCCUGGCAGUUGUUCGCGGCGACCGUGUACACUGGUGGACACCUGGUGGCUAUGCGAUGUGACUCGAUGACGCAAGUUGGCAACAAUCGCUGCUUGUUGACACCACCUGCGACAAUGGGAACAUUGACUCUUAUUAAAUUGCAGACUGGCCUAUAUCGAGUCAACACUGGCAACACUUACCCUUACAGUGUUUAAAAACUGCAGAAAUCAGAAAUUUUAUUAUUAAAAUUGAUAGUUUGGUAUUAGUAGUGGUUUGGUAGUUUCAAACUGUAUGUAUUUCUAAAAACGGGAAUAAAUAAAUU